CGACGGGCUACCUUAAGUUAGUUUUUGUCCACACCUCCCAAAACUUUCUAUCCUUUGCUUCCACCUCGCGUUUCUCCCUUGGCCCAGCGUGUUUGUCCAGCAGCUCGCGCCUCUCUGUCUCUCUCUCUCUCCCUCUCUCCGCUCCUCGCGCACAUUCUCCACGAUGCUGGCCAUCCGAGCUUUCUCUAGCCCGAUCCCCAGGCAGUGCCUGCGCGCUGCUCCCCGCGCCGCUGCCACCUGGUCGGUCUCUCGCUGCUACUCUACUGCCGGUGAGCGAGUCGCCAAGUACGAGGGAACCAAGGACUCCAAGGGCAACUAUCUGGUUAGCUUGAUUGAGGGCGAUGGCAUUGGCCCCGAGAUUGCCGUCUCUGUCAAGGAUAUCUUCGCCGCCGCCAAGACGCCAAUCGCUUGGGAGUCGGUCGAUGUCACCCCCAUCCUGAAGGACGGCAAGACGGCUAUUCCCGAUGCCGCCAUUGAGAACAUCAAGAAGAACAAGAUUGCCCUCAAGGGUCCCCUGGCCACUCCUGUUGGCAAGGGCCACGUCUCGCUUAACCUGACUCUGCGCCGUACCUUCAACCUUUUCGCCAACCUGCGACCAUGCCGUUCCGUCGCCGGCUUCAAGACCCCGUACGAUGACGUCGAUACCGUCCUGAUCCGAGAGAACACUGAGGGCGAGUACUCUGGCAUUGAGCACGUUGUCGUUGAUGGUGUUGUUCAGAGCAUCAAGCUCAUCACCCGCGAGGCCAGCGAGCGCGUUCUUCGCUUCGCCUUCCAACACGCCGAGUCCAUCGGCCGCAAGAAGGUCCGCGUCGUUCACAAGGCCACCAUCAUGAAGAUGUCCGACGGCCUCUUCCUGAACGUUGGUCGCCAGGUUGCCAAGGACUUCCCCGGCAUUGAGUUCGACGCCGAGCUUCUCGACAACACGUGCCUCAAGAUGGUCACUGACCCCGACCCUUAUAACGACAAGGUCCUGGUCAUGCCCAACCUUUACGGCGACAUUCUGUCUGACAUGUGCGCCGGUCUGAUUGGUGGCCUCGGCCUCACUCCCUCUGGCAACAUCGGUGACGAGUGCUCCAUCUUCGAGGCCGUUCACGGCUCCGCCCCCGAUAUUGCCGGCAAGGGUCUUGCCAACCCCACUGCGCUGCUCCUCAGCUCCAUCAUGAUGCUGAGGCACAUGCGCCUCAACAACCACGCCAAUCGGAUCGAGAAGGCCAUUUUCGACACCCUCGCCGAGGGCAAGGCCCUCACUGGCGACCUGGGCGGCAAGGCGAAGACUCAUGAAUACGCUGCCGCUAUCAUCGAGAAGCUGUGAACAGAUCGUGGCUCUCGCACAUAAAGCAUCAAACGAACCCCUUAACGAUACCUAUCCACAACAUCAAAUCCCGGGCCAUCGUGGGGAUCAUCCCCAUCCCUAGACCCGAUGGUCAUGCGCAAACUCGUCUAUCUGGCAAAGCAAAGCCGAGCAGUGCUGGUGCCGAGCUUUACGAUAGAACGUUCGUGCAGAGUGUACUACAACCCCGCGCAUCCCGUGCAGCCGGGGGCGCCACGAUUCGAACUUGGUUAGAUUUUUUCUGUAUUAAAGAAGC